ACCCGGACUUCUUUUUCUGUAUGCUAAAAGAAAAAAAUUAACAAAUAUAUAAAAUAUAAAGGUUUUAAAUAAUUAAAAACUAAAAAAUACAAACAUACAUUAAAUGAAUAAUAUGUUUUAAAUAAUAAAUCUCUGAAGAAAACAGUGUUUUAUAGUUUACUCAACAUGGCCCUAAAAACUUUGCAGCCUUCAUUAACAACUCCCUUACAAACAGCUUGUGAAUCUAUGACAUUGUUGAAUACUACAUCCGAUGGUGCCUCUAAAUGUGCCGAAUUAUUUGUUACAAAUAAUGCCGAUAAGUGGACAUUUUUCUGUGUUCAUUGCGAAAAAUCCACCAGUGAUAUAGGAGUUUUCAUUUGUCACAUACGUUUGGAACAUUUAAAUUGUCUUAUUGAUAAACAGUGUAGUGGACAUUCUGGUAAUAUUAUGGCUCCAAAAACAAAUAACUUUUCUAAACCACAAAAAUCAGUUUCUGAGGAAACUAGAGAAUUCUUGGAAGCUACAAAUAGGCGCAAAGAUGAGCAUCAGCUAAAGCAAAGUGAUGUCAGCAUUGUCAAUGAACAAACAAUAGAUAUUCAAUCCAAUGCUUCCGAAGUUCCUAACAUUUCUGAUAUUAGCUUACAGCCGCUGGAAAGUAAAGAAAACCAAAAUCAAAGACAUAUAAUUAAACAGGAAGUAAUAACAGACGAACAGCCGCUUAUAUUUAAAAAAACGGAGAAUCUUCUUACUGCAAGGCGGGAAGAGUAUUUAUCUUCUAAUGGUACUUCAUUAAGGCAGUCUCCCGAAAUGGUAAAUCUUCCUUCUCCUGGUCACGGAGAACUAGCGGCAGAUGCUCAACAGCAAAUGCAAUGUGAUGCUAUUAAAGAGGAAAUUAUUAUUAAUGAACCUGUAGGUUUGCAACAUCAUGUCUCUAAAGUUCCCAAAAUUUCUGAAGUUACUUCAUUAAGGCAGACGACGACAAGUAAGGAAUUGGAAAGCAUUCCGAAUAAGGAAACAUCAUCAGCAAUAUCGCAACAACUGGAAACAAACCAGGAAUAUUUUGCUAUAACAGCAAUCGGACAAGACCUAGAGCAGCAAGAACGAAACGAAAUUGUGCAAGUGUUUUAUAUAAACGACGAAAAAAACGACAUCUCUAUAAAUAGGGAAAAUUCAAAUGAUGGAGAUAAUAAUGAAAAUAAUAUUGAAGACAUUAGGCCCACAGACGAUGUCGACAUGUCUUCUUUUCUCCGAAAAGAUGAUAAUGAUGUUAAUGACACAAAUUUAAAACUUAAAUGUUCAUAUUGCCAGGAAAUUUUCAAAAAUAUGCAAAUACUUUACGCACACAUUUCUCAACAUCAUGAAACAAAUGUUCGCUUAAAAACUCCCUAUAAAUGUACCAAAUGUGACAAAAGUUUCAAAUAUAAAGGUAUUUUAGAAAAACAUAAUUUGGCUAAACAUAAAGGACAACUUUUGCAAUGUCCAGUGUGUCAGGUAAAAAGGAGUAAAUGGUGUUUUCUAGCUCAUGUACAGACGCAUGAAAGCGACACGUGUUUUCCUUGUCAGGUCUGUGGAAAAAUAUUUGCAAAUAAUCAGGAACGUAUGAAACAUUGGAAAAAGCAUGCUGUCGAAAAACCAUAUCCUUGUAAGAUAUGUUUUCAACGUUUUCGUAAACCACAGUAUCUAAGACGUCAUACAAAAGGUCAUCCUCGAUAUCAAUGUAGUGUAUGUUCAACAUUAUUUAACUCAAUGCAAUCUCAAAAUGCUCCCUAUAUUUGUGGUAAAUGUAAAGAUUUGUCCGAAAAUCUGGUAGUGGAGCUGGACCCUUUAGUAACAAAUACUGAAGAUGUUAUGAAGGACCAUUUUGACAAUACCGAAACCAUUACUAAUGAUAAUGACGCCAUUUUCAUAAACGAUGGCCAGGACUCAGAUAUAGAAUUUAUUGAUGAGUCAUAUACAGACAAUGUACCCAGUGUUAGCAGUUCAAAUACUGCUCAAACUCCCAGAAACGAUGACAGUAAUUCACAGCAUAAAUGUCUAUAUUGCAAUAGAGAAUUUAUGACCGAAAGGCGUCUCAUUAUACACACAACAAAAAUGCAUGACAAAAGCGAACGUCUGCUCUCACGUUUCAUAUGUCGUUACUGCAAUAGAUCGUUUCAAACUAGAUCGGGUUUGGCACUCCAUCAUAAAACCCACGAUAAAAGCAAUCAAUUUCGCUGUCCUGUAUGUCCUUUAACCGAAUUCCGAGAAAGUUCUUUUAUAACUCAUGUCCUUAUGCACGAAAGCGAUACAUGUUUUCCCUGUCAGGUCUGUGCCAAAUUAUUCACCAGCAAUUCGGAACGUUUACAACAUUGGCGCAUACACAUCGAAGAGAGGCCACACGGCUGUAAUCACUGCUAUAGACGUUUCUAUCAGAAAAAUGUACUCAAAAAUCAUAUGAAAUCUCAUGGUCUAUAUUAUUGUCACUUUUGUCAUAAGAAUUUCCAAUCAGAUCGUACCAUAAAGACGCCGUAUGUUUGUGGUGAAUGUGAAAAAUCGCCAUAUGUUAAAAAUCAAUUGAAACGUCGUAAAUCGAAGGUUAAGAGAAGGGCAAUUGAUUCGGAAGAGGAAUAAUAAUAGUUGAUCUAUAAAUAUUUACUCCCAUACUUAUAAAUGUUUCUUAAAGUUAUUGAUGGUUUAUAACAGGAUUUGUUUUUUGUGUAGAACUGUUUAAUAAACCAUUGUUAACUUUUUUGAAUACAAAAGUAUUAAAAAGUUAAUAAUUAAUAACAAAAUCUAAACU